AUCUGGGAUUGCUCUCCGAGAAAAGGGAGAACUGAGCCCGAGUCUCGUUGAGACGUCUGCUCUUCCUGGCUCAGAAAUGGUCCCUUCUCCUCCCGUGAAAGGUGAAUGUUGCCCCAUGGGUGCGUAGCUGGGGCUUGGUGGCUGAGCUCCAGGGCUCCUUGGGUCUGCGUAGGUGAGGGGCAGGUCUGGAGCUGGCUGUGACCCCGAGGCCGGUGCUGGGGUCAGGUGACAGAAUUUAAGCUUCACUAAGGGCAGGACCCAGAAGAGAAACUGGGGCUGGUGCAGGGGGGGAGUGCCCAGUGGGAACAGAUGAAAUGCUGCUGUCAGCAGCGACCUGAGAGGAGCGAGGUCCUUCCUAGCCCCGGGGAGCACCGGAGCAGCAUGGACUGACCACUGAGCUGAGGGGUGGCCAGGGACCCCUGUGCCCUGCUGGGAGCAGCAGUCUCAAUUCCCCAUUUGCAGGAGCAUUUCCCCGAGCCCAUGACAGCUGUGGGGCACCGUGAUCUCCAACUAACUUUCGCUUCCCCUGCGGCACCAUGAGUGGGGCAGAGUGACCUGGGUCUGUGCGCGGGGGCACCCCUGGCCGUGAGAGCGCUCGGGGCAGCCGACCUGGUGGAAGAUGUCCCUGCUGUAGGGCUGCUCUGCAAACCCCUUGGCACACUCCCACGGCCAACAGGGAGCCAGAUGCCGUGCACCGUGCAGGUGUGGGGUCUUACGCCGGCCCAGUGCUGCUUCAGCCCCAUUUCUUGGUCCGGCACCAGGGUCUCAAUUCCCCAUUUGCGGGACACGGGGCACGCCGUCCUUCCGACAGCUUUCGCUUCCCCCCCCCCCUACAUCGCUCCACCGACGCCUCGGUCAUCUGACCGCAGCCCAGGUAUAAAUGGGGCAGCCCCACAGGACGCUCCAUGCUGUGCUCGGCGCCGAGAUGGCCUGGAGCUGCUCCCUGCUGCUGCCUCUGCUGCUGCUGCUGCCCUCAGGGCUGCCCUCUGCCCUGGCACUGCUGCGGUACCGUUAUGACUGCGGGGACUUCGGCAUGCAGCUGCUGGCGUACCCCACGCACGGCCGCACCGUGCGCUUCAAGGUCCUGGACGAGUUCGGCACCCGCUUCGAAGUGGCCAACUGCUCCAUCUGCCUGCACUGGCUCAACGCCGGGGAGGACGGCGGGCUCGUCUUCUCGGCCGGCUACGAGGGCUGCCACGUCCUGGUGAAGGGUGGCCGCUACGUGCUGCGGGUGCAGCUGGAGGAGAUGCUGCUCGGUGGGGUGGUGGCUGCCUCUUACGAGGUGAACAUGACGUGCCCGCGGCCGGCUGGCUAUGAGGUCCUCAGAGAUGAGAACGUGCACGGCCACCGCCAGCCCGACCGGGGCGACGGCGCCCUGACAGGUCACGGUGUCGGUGCCCUCGUCCCCCGGCCACGGCCCGGCCUCCUGCAGCACUUGGCCCAUUCUGCCCUGGCCGUCCCCCGCCCCCACGUGCCCCCCAGAGCCCCCCUGGAGCAGGGCCACCCUGUGGCACACGCUCAGCCCGUCCUGGUGCACCCGGAGCUGCAGCACCAGCCUCAGCCCGGCGUGGGGCACCCGAGACCCCCGCCCCAAAACCAGCCUGGGCUGAUCCACGCUGGUGGUCAAACCCAGAUGGGUCUCAUUCAUCCAGGUCUUCAGUCCCAAAACCAGCCUGGGCUGGUGCAUGCUGGAGGUCAAAUCCAACCGGGUGUCCUUCGGCCAGCUCUUCAAUCACCAAACCAGCAUGGAUUAACAAGGCCAGGGAGCGAAACCCAUGCGGGUGUCCUUCGCCCAGGUCUUCAGUCCCAAAGCCAGCAUGGAUUAGCGCACCCAGGGGGUCAAACCCAACCAGGUGUCCUUCGCCCGGGUCUUCAGUCCUUAAACCAGCAGGGAUUAACACAGCCAGGGGGUCAAAUCCAACAGGGUGUCCUUCGCCCUGGUCUUCAAUCCCCAAACCAGCAUGGAUUAGUACACUCAGGGGGUCAAAUCCAACAGGGUGUCCUUCGCCCGGGUCUUCAAUCCCAAAACCAGCAUGGAUUAGUACACCCAGGGGGUCAAAUCCAACCAGGUGUCCUUCGCCCUGGUCUUCAGUCCCCAAACCAGCAUGGAUUAACACGGCCAGGGGGUCAAACCCAACACUCUGUCCUUCGCCCAGGUCUUCAGCUCCAGAACCAGCCUGGGCUGGUGCACGCCGGUGGUCAAACCCAAGCAGGUCUUUUUCACUCAGGUGUCCAGCCCCCAAACCAGCCCAGCCUAGUGCAGCCUGGGCUGCAGCCUGGCUUGAUGCACGCCAGCACUCAUACCCAAGCAGGGUUUGUCCGCCCGGGCCUGCAGCCCCAAAGCCACCCGGGCUUGCAUCUCUCCAGCCUCCAGUCCAACGCCCAGGGCAGCCUCCUGCGCCCCAGCCUCCAGAAUCAAGCAGGACUGCUGCAACACAGCCAGCCCCGACCCGGGCUGCUGCGCCCAGGGCUGCCACCACGGCCAGGAUUUGUGAGCUCAGGGCUGCAGCCCCAAGCCCAUCCGGGGCUGCUACAUCCCACGGCUCUCUUCUACCCCUCGGCGGGGGCAGGUGAGCCGCUGACUCGGGAGCAGUGCCAGGUAGCAGCGGGGCGGCUGUCCUGCGUGUCCCCUCCGGGCCGUGACGCCUGCCUGCAGGCGGGCUGCUGCUUCGACGACACGGACCGCGCGACGCCCUGCUAUUACGGCAACACAGCCACCGUGCAGUGCCUGCCCGAGGGCCGCUUCGUGCUGGUGGUGCCGCGGGGGCUGUCGGCGCAGCCCUACAACCUGGAUAGCGUGCGCCUGGCCAGCACCCAGCCCGGCUGCCAGCCCGCACAGGCCACCGACGCCUUCGUGCUCUUCCACUUCCCCGUCACGCAGUGCGGUACCACCGUGCAGGUGAUCGAGGACCGGCUGGUCUAUGAGAACCAGCUCAUCUCCACCAUUGAUGUCCAGUCAGGGCCCCGUGGCUCCGUCACACGUGACAGUGUUUACAUCCUCCACGCCCGCUGCAUCUACAACGCCACGGAGCUGCUGCCCCUGAGCCUGGAGGUGGCCGUGCCCCCCACUGCUGCCCCUCUGGCACAGCCAGGGCCGCUCCAGCUGCAGCUGCGCAUCGCCACCGACGAGAGCUACAGCUCCUACCACCCCGACGCCGACUACCCGCUGGUGAAGGUGCUGCGGGACCCCAUCUACGUGGAGGUGCGGCUGCUGCAGAAGACCGACCCCAAUCUGGUGCUGGUGCUGCACCAGUGCUGGGCAGCCCCCAGCACCAGCCCGGCAGCCGAACCCCAGUGGCCCAUCCUGGUGGACGGGUGUCCCUUUGCUGGGGACAACUAUAGGACGCAGCUGGUGCCGGUGGGACCCGCCACGCUGCAGCUGCCCUUCCCCAGCCACUACCAGCGCUUCGCCAUCUCCACCUUCGCCUUUGUGGACACCCCAUCCAUGGCUGUGCUGGAGGGAGAGGUGUACAUCCAGUGCAGCGCCUCGGUGUGCCACCUGUCGCAGCCCGAGCCCUGCCGGCCCUCUUGCCAAGUGGCCGUGCCUUCCCGGGCUCGACGAGCUGCAGGGGACAGGAAGGCAGCGGGCACCUUGGGCACGGUCACCUCCCGGGGACGCAUCGUCUUGCCCAAGGGUCCUGCAGUGGGGAGACGCUAAGCAGGUGCCCCUGCCUCCUCGCUCCCCCUCUGGGUCAGGACGGAACCUCACCGCUCUGCGGGUGGGAGCAAUAAAUGAGUGAUUGGCAAAGA